AUGGCUUCCAAUGUGCAAGAUUCGCCUGUAUUUCAGCAGCCGUUCGUUGAGGAGAUAGAUUAUAAUGAAAUUCAGGAGUUAUCGGUCGUAGGGAAAGGUGCGUUUGGGGUGGUGUGGAAAGGUCUAUGGCGGAAUAAAUUUGUGGCCAUAAAACAUAUCAAUUCAGAGGCUGAGAGACGUGAAUUUGCUAUUGAAGUUCGUCAAUUAUCGCGUGUCUCACAUCCUAAUAUCGUGAGACUGUAUGGAGCGUGUACACAAGGCACUCAAGUUUGCCUUGUUAUGGAAUAUGCUGAAGGAGGCUCACUAUACAAUGUACUUCAUAAUCGUCCAAAGCCCAAAUAUACUGCUGCUCAUGCUAUGAGUUGGGCUCGACAAUGUGCUGAGGGUGUAGCAUACCUCCAUGCAAUGAAACCAAAGCCACUUAUUCAUAGAGACUUAAAACCCCCAAACUUAUUAUUAGUAGCUGGAGGGCAGAAAUUAAAAAUAUGUGAUUUUGGUACAGCAGCUGAUAAAGCAACAUAUAUGACUAAUAAUAAAGGAAGUGCAGCAUGGAUGGCACCAGAGGUUUUUGAAGGAUCUUCGUACACUGAGAAAUGUGAUGUAUUUUCAUGGGGCAUUAUAUUGUGGGAAGUACUUUCUAGAAGAAAACCAUUUGAAGAGGGAGGAUCUGCAUUUAGAAUUAUGUGGGCAGUCCAUACAGGUCAGCGGCCAAAUUUAAUAGAGGGAUGUCCAGAGCCUAUAGAACAGUUGAUGACACAAUGUUGGCAUAAAAUACCAGCGGAGAGACCUAGCAUGGCUAAGGUAGUGGAAAUAAUGUCGGCGUUGUGUGAGUUCUUCCCUGGUGCGGAUACGCCCAUUAAUUACGAUGACCUAGAAGUAGAUGACUCAGAGAACUUAGACGAGGACUACGGGCCCUACAGUACACGAGAUAGCUUCGAGACAGAGAGCAUCGUGCAAACACACAAUCCCGCACAUUAUCCCAUUGAAACGGCAUCAAACCCAGUUAUAUAUAGAAACCCUGAAACCCCAAAUCUAUCACCAAGACCCAGAAGUUUCGUCGAAACGCAAGUCAGCAAACUUCAAACCUUAAUGGCAGCGGAGGCUCAGCCAAAAUCUCCGGGCAAAGAAGACACAGAAUUACAUAGAGCUGUUAAAAUACCCCAACAAUUCAAAAAGGAUAUAGAGCCGGGUAGAUCGAACCUAACCCCCAACCAAAUGAGUGAAACAAGCACCCCGGACACUUUACGUGUCUUCAGAAGCCCUGCAAUCUUCAGUGAAAUGUCCUCCCCACGUGGAAUAUCCCCUCUAGCUAAUUACAACAUCGGCAAUAUGAACCCAAGGCAUAUAGACAUAGAGCAGUAUUGGAAUAGGGAAAACGAUAAGUCACCGGCCAGAUCAUCUAUAAGUACAACAAAUUCCACAAGGAAAGAGGACUAUAAUCAAAAUUACUGUGAUAGAUUAAGUGCGGGAAACAGUCCAAUGACACCCAUUAAAGAAUAUAAUGGCAAUACUCAGGGAACCCCCGUAGAUGCGAGAUAUGCUACGCCGUUGCAGAUUGAAGUUGAUCCUAAUGUGUGGGAGUUGAAGGAUUUCAGAGAUUCGCUCAAUUAUGAUGACUUCCAUAUACCAGUUGGUGAG